AUAAAAUUUCCUUCCAUGAAGCUCAAUAGUUUAUUGUUGUGCAGUUGGUUGGUUUGUUCUCGCUCCAUAAAAAGAGAAAUAAUGAAACCACGUGCAUACAAAGAUAAACUACUCUCUCUCGUUGAUGCAAAUUAUAAUGUUUUACAAACGGAUGAGGUACAGAAGAUUCUAGUCAAAUUAAAGACUCUAGAGAUGACCAAAGCUGACCUAGAGGAAACACGACUGGGGAAAAUUGUGAAUAGUAUUAGAAGAAAUAGCAACGAUUCUGAAAUUGCCAGCAUAUCAAAGUCCCUCAUAAAGUACUGGCAGGUCAAAUUCCUGGCAAAUGGGACAAAAUCAACUGUUGCUGAGAAGAAAAUCGAUAAUUGUCACACUUCAGAUCGAAUGGGUGAUAUUAAAAAGAUAAUGUCAAAGGAGGCGACUCCUUGUAAGCGUAAACGAAUACAGACGACAGCUGAGUUAAUUUCUUCGAUUGACCACGGGACGGAAAAGUUGAUUACUUCUGCUGAUCUGAAUUAUAUUGACCAUAUCAGUUCAGAGACCUAUCGUGAGGAUAUACACGAACAUGUUGUUCCUCAUUCUCUGUUGCCAAAAUCAAGGAAAUCGAGAAAUUGUUCUCCAAAUUUAAAAGAUAAUUCCGAGCGGUCAAAGGGCAGUCUCAUUUCCAAAGGGAAUGUAAAUAAUGAGCCAAUUUUAUUGAAAAUCAAACUUUCCGACGUUCAAACGGAAAUGAUUAAAAAUUCUUUUAAUGUUACUCCGGAUAAAAAUAAUAAAAGGCCGAGAAUGGAAAAGAGAAAGAAAUCUGAUCCAGGAGUUUCUCCCAGGACAGAAUUUCGUAAUUCAAUACGGUCUAAAUUGCCCACAUAUGACCGAGAUAAUCUACCGCAACUAAAGUGGAUGAAUCCGAGUAUGCCCAGAAAUAAGGAUGGGAGUUAUGAUAGUGAUGGAAAGUUGCGAGGAUGGACUGAGUGUUAUCGCCUUCCUUCCCUUGACAAUGAUGUAUGUGUGAUAUUUCCGUAUUGUGAUUUACCACCUGCCCAUAAAAUUGUUUUUGCUGAUGGGUGA